UGGAAAUUUUAGUCAAUAGAGAAAGUGGGUACACAUGAAUACCAUACUAUAUAAAGAAUUGCUGGACUACAAAAAAAAUCUGAAAAUGAAAAAGAAUAAUACACAUUAUGAGAUACAGGGUGAUUUAAAUCGUCUAAAAUAAUGGUUAUACAAGUGUGUGUAAAUGACACUUUAAAAAUUAUGUAUGGUGUAAGCCAAAAGCCUCAGCAGCCUUUGUUUCAGCAGACGCAACCUCAUUUCAUGCAAGUCGCUGCACCAACACAAGUAUACAUCUCGCCCACUUCUGUUCCGUACUACAAUCAUCAAAGGCCAACAACGGGUUACGUUUCUCAAGUACCACUUUAUCAACACAUAACCUACCAGUAUGGAAAUACGCCUACACAAACGCAAAGCAUACCCUAUAAUUAUUUUCCUCCGCCUAUGAUGCGACCCGGUACCAUUCCUCAAGCGUCUGCCAAUCCAAACACAACGCAAAACCCGAUGCCAAACGUACCUUUAGUAACUAAUAAUCCUCAUCCUACGUUCCAAAGGCAACCGCCAAAUAAACGAAGACCGAAAGCGAUAUCGAUUAUCGAUCCCGAUACAGGUGCGGACCGCCUCCAAGAGAUUUACGAAGACAGUUCACACCCACCUUCAGGCGAAUCGUCGGCCCGACAAACGCCUCAACCUUCGGCGGCAACGCAAAGUCACAACAAAGAGGUACAGGCGGCGUUCGCCAAACAGGUAAUGCUAGCAAUAAGCAAUGACUCCGCACCAGGAGAACCUCAACACCACCAUACGUACGUACCUGCCCAGCCCCAAGAAGAGCAUCACUCGGAGCUUCAGACGGACAGUAGCGCCUCGACAGUCCAGCAGGCCAAUCACGUCGUCCACGAUCAGGGUUAUGCCGUGGGGCCUGGUCACCAAGUGCAACAUCAACAGCCACAGAUGAACAGAGAUCAAGUUGUGCAGACUAGUAAAUUACAGGCUGAAGCAAAAGAAUUUGUUUUACCCGUCAUAACUGCCAAAGAGACACCGAUAGUGUCGGCGAACAUCGACGCUGUCGAAGUGACAUUACCUAAUAAGUUACCUAAAGACAGAGAGAGUCCUGUUAAGGGCCGUAAGCAGAGGAUAGGUGACCAUAAGGAUUCUAGCAAAGACAUUUCAUCGGUUACUGCUAUUAGCAAAGAAAUCUUCAGUGAUAAUAAAGAAUCUUCCAAUGCAAAAGAUGAGGUAAAGGCUAUGCCUGAAAUUUCCCCAUCUUCAGCAACUAACCCAUCAACGAAUUUAACUCAGGUACCCGUCGUUAGUAAAGAAACUAUCGCAGCUCCGAAGGAGAUUAUUCCACAAGCGCUGGACAAGCAGCAACAGCGCCCCCCACCGGUUCAUCUACAGCAGCCGCUUAUUCAGCAGCAGCCACCUCAGCAGCCACAGCAGGCCAGGAGGGAUAGCAAGGACCUUUCGCCGAAGGUGCUCGAGAGGCAGGACAGCAGCGGUUCUGGUAGCGGUCCUGCUGCAGCCCAUGAUGCUAAAUCGAAACCAAAUGCUCAAAGGACGGCCUCUAAACAGGGCUCAGGAGGUCCUAACAAUAAUCAAAAAGCUGUUAUUACGAGUCCGGCAGUAUCAGUACCUCCACCACAGCCAGCCAAACCAACAAGCAAAUCUACCAAGAAGAAUGAACUUAAUUUGAAAGGCGCCAAUAAGGAAGGCACUGAUAUGGACGCCUUCAACGAUAAUGCUCUAAAUGAGGAGGAGAACUCGAAUGUAAUUCCCACGCAAGUAGUGAACAAUUCUGAUAUUAUUAAUGCUAAUUCCUUACCUCCAACGACUAAUAGUACUACUCCUAUACAAACCCAUAUAGCUGAUGUCGAUCCCAAAAUUGAAACAAACAAUAAAAAGUUCGACAACGAGAUGACAAUCAAACCCGCAGAACCUGUUACCAAAUCAUUCUUUAAAAAUACGGUUGACGUUACAGCUAUAGUAAAGAAUUUGCCUAAAAAUAUUAAACCUUAUAGCAGUACAGUGGGUCAAGAUGAAACAGAUCGGGCCGCGUUACUGCACUCAAAUGAAAAAAUGGUGCAAGCCAAGAACGACGUCAACGCUAAAACUAAUGAACUUAGUAGGAUAGAAAAUAAGUUACCAUACACUGGUGAUCAGUGGUCACCAGCCAAUCAAAAUGGGAUAAAGAAAUACGAAAAAGAUUUUCUUUUGGCAUUAAAAGAGGUACCAGCUAGCAGGAUAGCUCCAGAUAAUAUUUUGGAUGCAGUUUUAGCAGAUGAAAGGGGGCGAAUAUAUGAUGGGCGUUUAUCAAUGGGUAGUAGAACCGAUUUCAACCCAUCAUUCAAUACUUAUGGUAGAAAUAGUUCACAAAAGGGGCCAAUUACAGGUAGGUCGAGCACAAGUAAAAUGGACAGGAGCAAAGGUGGAAAGGGCAGUAAUAUAAAACCAACGAUGAAAGUAUCGAUAUCAGUUAGGGAAGAUGUUAAACUUCACGAAUCUGAAAACGCGUGGCGACCCGCCAGAUAUCAAAAGGGCGAAUUUGCUUCCGAUGAGGACAGGAAAACGGAAGAAUUGUACAGGAAGGUGAGGGGUAUAUUAAACAAAUUGACUCCGCAGAAAUUCGACACAUUAUUGAAUCAAAUCAAGACUUUGUCGAUAGAUACUAGUGCGAAGUUACAGGGUGUUAUAGAUUUAGUUUUUGAAAAGGCUGUGGACGAGCCUAAUUUUUCUGUUGCGUACGCCAGUAUGUGUGGACAUUUAGCUCUCAUACAGGUGCCAACAAACUCUGGUACGGAAGAGUUCGUGAACUUUAGAAAAUUACUUAUCACUAGGUGUCAAUACGAAUUCGAAAAGCAAUCUGUCGACGAGACUAUUAGGAAUCAAAAAGUGAAGGAUAUCGAAGCAUGUACUGAUCCAGAGAAAAAGAAAGACCUCGAAUUUGAACUCGAGGAAUAUUUAAGAAAACUCAGAAUGAAGUCUGUAGGAAAUAUUAGAUUUAUAGGUGAACUUUUCAAGCAAAACAUGCUCACUCAAAGCAUCAUGUUGAGGUGCUUGCACAUUUUGUUGGAAAACAAAGACGAAGAGAGCUUAGAGUGUUUAUGCAAGUUACUGACCACAAUUGGUAAGGAAUUGGAAAGCAAACAGGUCAAUCUAGGACAAAUUUUCGGACAAAUGAAGCAACUUACCGAUAAGAAAGAAUCCGGCAAGAUUAGUAGUCGAAUUAGGUUUAUGUUGCAGGAUGUGAUAGAUCUGCGCUACUCGAAAUGGGUGCCACGUCGACAAGAUUCAAAUCCCAAGACGAUAGACCAAAUCCAGAAAGAUGCCGAACAGGAACAGAUGAACAUUCAAAUGAUGAAUUCUGUACCUAUUACGCCUCGCAAAGAUGACCGAGGCGGUGGUGGUGGUGGCGGCGGCAGUCAAAGCUCCAUGAACGACAGAAAGGGCGGUAGAGGUAGAAAUACGAAUGACGAGGGUUGGACGAUGCCGAAGAGCAAACCUCACUUUUCCGUGCAAAGUGAUAAACUUAAAGCUGGAAAAGCGCCUCAACUUGAUGAACCUUUGGGUACUGCGGCGCAGUUUAAGUGGCACACUGGUGCUGGCGCAAAUAUUAAACCUGCUGCUCAAGCUCCUAUCACUUCUGCCAAUAUGUAUGCUGCUUUAGAUAAUAUUGAGUCUGAUAGACGAAUAAAUUCUCGAUCUGGUCUAAAAGACUCGUACCACUCGAAGGGCGCUAGCUUAGAACGUGGUAGCUACAAAUACGAUAGCAGAAUCGACUCCCGAUCUGGUUCGCAGCACCGUUCGAACGACAGCUCAGCGUCUUCGUCGCAACGCGGCACUCCGGCGCCAACUCCCAUUUCCAUACCACCUCCACAACUUUCUCAACAACAGACGCCGCACAAGCAACCGCAAGUCGCGCCCGUUUCUGCGGCGGCGGCGGCUCCUGUACCUCAAGAAAGCGAAAACCUAACUGACGACCAACGUAUAAGGCGGAUUACCAAUAGUCUGGAAGAAUACGUUAGCGGAAAUUGUAGUAUCGAUGAAUACUUUACCGAUAUUAGUUGCGCCGUUCCGGUUUCACACUUCCCUGAGAUGGUCAAUGAAAGUUAUUUACGUAUAUUGGAAAAAUCAACACCAGUUCGAUUAAAAACAGGUGAUCUUUUUGCCAAAUUAAUAGAUCAAGGUAAAAUAUCGCCAGAAGAUUAUUGUGCUGGUUUAGAGGAAUUACUCUUGCAGGCCGAUGACCUUAAAAUCGAUAUUCCAAAGAUUUGGGAUUACUUAGCUGAAAUUUUAGUUAAUUUAAUUACUGAAGAAGCCAUUACCCUGAAGAGGCUACAGAAAGCCAUGAGUAUACUCAUCCAACAAAAUCAAGCUGACAAACUGUUGGCACCACUCUUUAAGUUAGUCAUUAGUAGUAAGGGAGUGAACUUCCUGCAAAUCCAGUGGCAGUUGUUCCAUAUGCAAUGUUCAGAUUUCAUGGAUCCAUCGCGGGUCGAUGCUUUCAUUAAGGACAAUCACUUUGAAUUUCUAUUGGGCGAUGCACCGCCUGCAGGUCUUGAUCAAUUAUCCUAUGAAGAAAUUCAACCAAAGUUGCUGAGCUUCCUCAGGAGUAAUAGAAGUAUUGAUGAAAUUCAGGACUGGGUAUUGGCCAAUGUUGGAAAAGAAGGAAUUAAAGAUAAAAAAUUCGUUAGAGCACUUGCGACUGCCGUAUUUGAAGAUUCAAUCAAUAAGAGCCACAAGCUCAGUUUGGAGAGGUUAGAGCAGCACACUAAUCUGUUGCUGAAGUACGUCGACAAUAACUCUGUGUUUGAGCUCGAGUGCUUGUAUGCUCUUCAGGCUCUUAUAAAUCAAAUGGAACAUCCUCAGGGGGUUUUACUAAAUAUAUGUAAUAAACUUUACGAAGUAGGAACAUUUUCACAAGAAAGUUUUCUCGCUUGGGAGCAGAGUCAAGAUCCUGCAGAACAAGAGGGCAAAGGUGUUGCCUUAAAGCAGCUGACGUCAUUCAUCUGUUCACUGAAAGAAAACCUAGACGAUGACGAAACGUCGGGUUCAGAACAGGACAUAGAAGAAUAG